GAUCAUCUGCCACACCAGCAGGGGUCCAUCACGCUUCUCAAAUAGCAGCUGAGGCAACAGGCUGAGGAAUUUGAACCAAGAGGUGACACCGUCCUAUCAGCUGGCCCGCAGCCAUGUCACGUCACAGCCCAUUGGCCGGAGAGGCUUUCCACUAGCGUUCUCAUUGGCUGCUAGACGGACCAUAUGAUAGGAUAUGCAAAUUGUCUCUAUGUGGCAGUUGAAAUCCCAGAGUGCUGAGCAAACCCAGCACUGAAAGGUAGGACCAGCACGAGAGAGGGGCGGAAGAGACGAAGAAGAAGAGAGGGGGGAGUGACCGCAGCAUGUGCUUCUAGAAGAAUCUGCUGCAGAUCUCACAGGUCAGAAGGAGCCAAACGUUUCUCACUUUUCUCCCUGGACGGGUUUUCUUGGUUUUUCCAUGAGUGCUGCAAGCGUGCUCACGUCUUUCAGUCCAUCAGCAAUGCCCGGCCCAGUUAUGCCGAUGGAUGUGGCGAUGAGAUUCUACCUCAGCCACUCUCCGCCUCCGCUGCGAGGCUUCCUCAGCUCCUACGAGGACCUGCACCGGGCCAGGAACCGGGUCAACCAGUCCGCCGCGCGGGGCCGGAGCCAGCGGCUGUACAAGCCCCUGCGGCCCUGCCUCAGCAGCCAGCAGAAGGCGGAGGACGGCGGCAGCUGCGGGGGCUGGAACAAAACCGGAGCAGGCAAGAAGCGCGUGGUGUUCGCCGACAUGAAGGGCAUGUCACUCACCGCCAUCCACGUCUUCUCCAAGUUUGAUGACGAGCCGUACCAGAGCAAGCCGGGGGCCGGGGCCGCGGAGGAGCUGCAGUUCGACAUGACCGACCUGGAAGCGGCCACCAUGGAUCUAAAGAUCAGUUUGGUGCGCAGCCUCGCGCUCGACUUUAAACAGCCGUCCGCCGACUACCUGGACUUCCGGAACCGCCUGAUCCAGAACUCCGUCUGCUUGGAGAGCUGCGCGCUGCAGGAGCGCGCGCUGACCGGCACCGUCAAGGUGAGGAACGUCGGCUUCGAGAAGCUGGUGCAUCUGCGCGUCACCUUCGACUCGUGGGCCAGUUUCUCGGACGUGGACUGCACCUUCAUGAACAACGUCUACGGCUGCCAGGACACCGACACCUUUGCGUUCGUUCUGGAGCUGCCCAUCUUCAUCCCGCCACAGAACCGGGUGGAGUUCUGCAUCUGCUUCAAGGUCCAGGACCAGGUCUUCUGGGACAAUAACGAUGGCAAGAAUUACACCCUGAAGCACGCAGGCUGGAGCGGAGAGGACGUGAAUACAACUUCUGCUGAACAGAAGAAGCCUUCAGAGCCCAGAAACGGGGGAGGGAAGCUGCUGGAGCUGGAGUUCGAUCAGUUUGGGAGCCCUCGCAUGUCCAGCGGACUCUUUCCAGGCUGGCAGAGCUGGGGUCAGAUUGACACCACGGUGCCUUACUGGUGAAAGCUCAGGAGGAGGGAUGAACUGGUUUUGGUUUAACGGACACUGACAGGGCAUUCAGUCCAAACCCAGAUCCGGGUUUGAGCUCGACUGUCUUUCAAACAGAAAAUAAACUCAAGCAUCCUCUGCUGGUCUGAGCUUUGAGCUCUGAGGUGUUUGGCCUGGGGGGGGAGGCUGGCCGGAGGGGAGCAUAGGUUUGUAAAAUAUUCAUGUGCCUUCACAUCGUGCCUCCCCACUAAAAUACAGACUGUUUAUGUGACCUAUAAGAAAUGUGGAGCCCCUUUUUUGGGCCCUGACGGACCGGUGGAACCUGCACUGACUGAGAUGCCUCCUAGUGAGACGUCUGCGAGCUGAGAAGGAAAGUGGUGGAUUAAGUCCUUCAUAUUGAAGGGGAAGGCGGGGGAGUGCAUGGCCACACAGUCCUUCUCUGCUACAAGCUGGUUCUUUUCUAAUGAAAAACACGUCACAUGGUUAAAAAUGGCCUCAGUUUUCUGAUGUGGGGGUCAUGCAGCCCUUUUCUUUUCCUCCGUGGUGUAAAUUGCACAUUUGUCUGGUAAAAAUGUCACUUUGAGGUGAGUUUGUAGAAGGAACUGAGCUGCUAUCGACAGAAUGUCUCUGCAUGUGAUUGGUUGCUUCCAUCGAGGAAGGCGUUUGAAGAUGCUCGUGGUUCUGGUAUGUUGGGACAGAAAUGGUGUGAAUACGGCGAUGAGUGUACAGAAUGUGUGGCUGGGAUCUAGAGUUUCCUUUUUUAAAAUAAAACGACUUCUUUUUCUCACUGUGAAGGAAGCUCUGCGCCCAGCAUUGACGUCUCACUUGAAGGUGUGUGUGUCGCUGACAUGCGCCGUGUUGGAUGUGUUUCCUUUUUUUGAAAUAAAUUUGUAUAUUUGUGCUAACGUC